CGUGUGUUUGUAGGUCGUUGUCUUGCAGUAGUCCUGCCUCAGGAAGCUCCGGCAGCACCGCCUGUUUCCACAUAGGAGCGCGUCAGUUGGCGCUCCACAAGCACACGCGUCGUUCCACCGGACCGGAGAAAACACAACAUGUGCUCCAGCUACUUCUUUGCAACUUGAUUUCUUUUUUCCACAAUGUAUUUGCGUGUGUAUUAACUUUCCACGGCGUUUGGAGGGAUACAGUCGGUGUGGAACAAUGAGGAGAAGCGCCGCGUCCCGUGGCGGAUGAUGCGCCAAGAUGAACGCAGAUUUUCAAAACCCUCGACCAACACUCCACAGUCACCUGACCAUCAAACUGCAGUCCAAGCUGAUGUCAAGGCCUUGUCCCCCUGUACGUGGUCCAAAACCGCCUGUUGCCCCCAAGCCCAGACCUUUGUAUAAGCCCCACCCACAGGACGAGUCCUGGCCACUACAAUGUCUCAGCAAUGGAGAUGUGGUUCACACUGAUGGAGAAACUGAAGACCAACAUGAGAUGGCGAAGGACAAAGAGGAAGAAAGUGAGACGGAGGACAACAUUAAAGACAGUGUCAACAAUGGAAAAGAAGAGUUUGUUGAAGAAUAUGAGGCAGAAACACCAGAAGAGAUGUUCACUAACGAUGAAGACAUAGACAGUAUUGGCUCUGAAGGCACCAUCAAAGGUGAUGAUGGUUCCAGUGUCUAUAUUACUGGUAAGGACAAUGCUGAGAAUGACAGGAACCAACCUGAAGGUGGCAGUCAUGUAGAUGAAGAUGAUGACACAUCGACACCUUCACUUCAUGCAGCUGAGGUUGAGGAUGGACCCACAGGAGGAGAGGAGGACAAAGAAACAGACAAAGAGAGUUUGCAUGAAACUGCAGAAGGGCAGCCAGAGGAAGAAACAGAAGAACAAAACCUCGAUCAACCACAGUCCCUCAGCGAACUACCCACAGAUGAGACUGAAUCAGAAGACCAAGGUUUCACAUUUGGAUUGUCUGUACUUCCAACAGUGUGUGAGGAAUAUCCCUAUGAUGUGAUUGGCCCCACAGAUGACAUCAGUGAUACGUGUGAGUCAUGUGACACAGCUGAAACAGGGGACACAGAGGUAUGGCAACCAGAACGGGCCACCAAGGACCUCUCUGGGUGUUUCCGAUUCACGUCCAGUAGUGAGGAUGUGUUCGGACCUUAUUCCGUUAUUGAAGCUGUUCCAGCAGAUACGACCGGCACCGCAGACCCAGAGCUGGAUCAGGAGGACCCUGAUGAUGGGCAUUCAAGUGAAGGGCAGCCUUCCAACAAGGAACCUUACUAUGUAUCAAAAGAUGACGUAGAUGAAGUUGAGGAUGAGCAAAGCAUCUCCAGACAGGAGAGCAGUGAGCAGUUAAGCCAGCACAAGGAGAAAGCUAAGGACAAUGAGUCGGCUGGCGAAUACGCGGACAUCGAUGACUCUCUGUGCCCUCAGGUACAUGACAGUGAACAGUUGGAAUGCAUCUCUUCGGAGGAUUAUGUUGAAAUCGGGGAUGAGGAGGAAGAAGAGGAAACCGAAAAGAAACAUGUAAAGGGAAAAAGUGCAAAAGAGAGGACAGCAAAAAGAGAGCAGGCAUUCCGCAGCCAAAGGAAAAGCUGCCAGCCUCGCCUCAGGUUGUGUAACAUCACAGUGCCAGCAGACUUAGACCUGGGCCGCACCCCGGAGCUCACAAACAGGGUGGUGUUUGCUCACACCACUGAGGCCUUUGAGGAGGACAUUGAAGAACUGGAUUGCCAUAUUGUGCCUUACUAUGAGGAGACAGACUCAGAUAGUGAGGAACAUAUAUACGAAGAGGCAGGAUUUGACUCUGAAGGGGAGAACUUUGUACCUCUGGAUCGGAAGGCGAUUGUCACGAGGUCACGUUCGUAUUCUGGGAAGAUACCAGGUUAUGUUCCAGAGACAGUUCCAGAGGAAACAGGCACAGAGUACCAGACUAAUGACUACUGCACAGUUGCCUUGGAAAAGGACAACACUCUUAACAAUUCAGAGCAGCCUGGGGUCAACUGUCUGCUCCCGUCUCUCAAACCUCGUCGCUUCCUGUUGUAUCCUCAGUCUGCAGAUGAUCCAGAAUUGUCCUUGAAUACUCCGACAGAGACUGACCAACCACUGAAGAAUGAGUGCAGGAUGAAGAGGAAGGAUGACACCAUUUCCCUCCCGUGUGUCAUAACUUCUUCUGGAAGCUUCUCCCAGCGUAGCCAUCAAUCAUCCAGUGGUGUUUCUACCCCCACCUCUCUAGUGGACAUACCACCACCCUUUGAGCUAGCCUACAUUACCAAGAGACCGGUCACCAAGAGUUCCCCAUCCCUGCUCAUCCAACAUGAAGCUAACGAAAAACCUAAAAAGAAGACGACAUCCUUUAAGCGUUUUCUGGCACUAAAAUUCAAAAAGAAGACAGAUUCUAAGAGUUUUAGUGAUGGAAGCGUACGCUCUUCUCGUUCUUCCUCUGAGUCCAGCCACCAUGGCCCAGGGAGAGUUAUAGAGCUUGAACGUAGAAGCACCAGCGGUUCUCCACAGCUCCAGUCGCACAUUGUUAACCCCCCGCAGCGUCCUUCAGACCUGCCGUCCACCUUUAUCCUCUAUAAAGACCAACAGAAGAGGAAAGGAGACCCCAAAGCCUAUGGCAGGGCCGUUUCCAGAGUGGAGUCCUUUGAGGAGCGCUCUCGCCACUCCUUCAUACCGUUGCCAUUGACAAAACCUCGCUCUAUCUCUUUCCCCAGUGCAGACACUUCAGACUAUGAAAACAUCCCAGCCAUGAGCUCAGACUAUGAGAACAUCCAGAUCCCAGGCAGACCCAUAAGAUCCCACACCGUAACUGAGUUUUUUGAAGACCCAAACCACACAACAGUUCCUUGCAAUGAGAAUGACGGCUAUGUGGAUAUGAACAGUUUUCCUGGAAUUGACAGCAAACCCCAGACCUUGAAAGCAGACUCAGAAAGUGCCUACACAGAACCUUUUCCAGUGAACUCUGACGCCGCUGGACUGUUAGCUGAGGAGGACCACGGGCGCACGUCAGAGGAGGAAGAAGGCAUCGUGGAGCAAAGUUAUGACAAAGAGAUUGAUGGACGAUCUCGAGCAUUCUACGUUGCCAAAGAGCUCAUUGACUCAGAGAGACUACAUGUCAGUGCCCUGAAGGACCUUCAAGAGGACUUCAGGUCAGCGGUAGUUGAGGCCGUGGAUGAGGAAGGAGAGUCAGUGUUGGAGGAGCAGAGGUUGGUGGAGAUACUGGGCGUCCUCCCUCAGGUCUACAUCCUUCACAGCAACAUCCUCGCUGAACUGGAGGAACGCAUUAGUCAGUGGGAGGAGAGCCAAAGGAUGGUCGAUGUGAUCUUGACACAUCGGGAGGACUUUGGCGUUUUUGACACGUACAUCUCUGAGUAUGAUCGCAGUAUGUCCUUACUGGAGGAGAGCUGCAGGAACAGCCCUGCCUUCGCCGGCUUCGUCAAGAAAUUUGAGACGCGGAGCCCUGACAAAACUGCAGUCCCAUUGAAGCACCAGCUCCUGCAGGUUGUUGUGAGAGUCCUUCAAUACCGGAUGUUACUCACAGAUUAUUUGAACAACCUCUCUCCUGAUUCAAAAGAGUAUGAGGAUACACAAGCUGCCUUGGUGAUUGUGUCUGAGGUGGCAGACCAGGCCAAUGACAAUCUGAAACAGGGGGAAAACCUGCUACGGUUGGUCCACAUAGAAUACAGCGUGAGAGGAAAGAGGGACCUCCUGAAACCUGGAAGGAUGUUUGUCAAAGAAGGCACACUCAUGAAAGUCUCAAGAAAAAGCCGUCAGCCCAGGCACCUGUUUCUGAUGAACGACAUUAUGCUUUACACCUACCCCCAGCAAGACGGAAAGUACAGACAUAAAAACACCCUGUCUUUGUCUGGGAUGAAGGUGAGCAAGCCCAUCCUGGACAAUGUGCUGAACUGUCUUAAGAUUGAGGUGUCCGAUAUCACGAUUACACUCUCUGCCAGCUCGGUGGCAGAGAGGGAGGACUGGUUCCACACGUUGAGUCGGGCCAUAGCGGACCACGCUGCAGGACUCUGUACAUUUGGUGGAGCUAGCAGUGAGACCCGUGAAAAGUUGUGGAUGGCUCUGGGUGAGGCUGCUCCGGUGCUGGUGCCGGUGUCGCACGUGAUGAUGUGUAUGAACUGUACCACUGACUUCAGCCUCACGCUCAGACGGCACCACUGCAAUGCCUGUGGCAAGGUGGUGUGCCGAGCUUGUUCGAGGAAUAGAUACCCGCUCAAGUACCUCAAAGACAGGGUGGCCAAAGUGUGUGACCACUGCUAUGCCGAGCUCAGGAAAAGAGGUGGCAGUGUGUCGGGUUUCUGCAGCAACUCCAGCCCUCGCACUCACCGGGCCAGCCGUCCCCUCUCUGCUGUGUUUCAGAGCCUACAGCCUCCAAGUCUGUGGAAGAGCAGGAAGAAUGUCCCCUCUCUCAAUCAGGUGUCACUUGGAGUGGAUGGCUGCACCAUGAGUGGCAGCCUGCAGCGCCGGAAGAAGAGCAAGAGGAAGUGGAAGCGGCUGUGGUUCCUCCUCAAAGACAAGGUGCUCUACACCUUCACAGCCUGUGAGGUGAGGGGUGCUUCCGAGAGUCUACCUCUGCAGGGUUUCACUGUCAAGUAAGAAAGACCAGAAGGAGAGGAAAGCAGCAACGUGUUUCACCUGUACCACAAGAAAACUCUUUACUACUCCUUCAGGGCUGAUGACCAGCACACCGCACGGAGAUGGGUCAAUGCCAUGGAGGAGGCGACUGUUUUAUAGCACCGAACCAGUUUCACUUCACAAGCUCUGCUGUUCACAGCUCCCUGCUGCAUCUGUACAAGGCAUGCAUCAUACCUGGCCUGUUGUGGAGAAUUUAAACACAAGGCAGUCUUAGGAAGGUCGAUAUGGGAGGAGCCUAAGACAUGCAACAGUGAAGAGAGGAAUAGAAAUGGGUGGAGUGUGUCGGUCUAACAAAUAAAAACGUUUUGGAUUCGGCGUUUGGUUUGCACCAUUCGCAACAGGCUUCAGUUUUGAAUGACUGCUUGGAUACAGUUCAUCAAAGGGCCAAUGACACGAUUCAAUUUUUUUUUUACACCUUUUCCAGCUUUAGAGUAUUUCCCCAAUAUUACCACUGGAUGACUCUUGGUUUUGCAAUAAAACAAUGCAGUUUCACUUUAAAUGCAAUUUCAACCUGCAUUCUUUGAGGGGAAAUCAUUUUGCUGUAGUACAAGUUCAGCAAUAGUGAAAAAGAAAAAACUUUUCUCCCUGUUGGAAUAUUGAUAUUGGGUCAUCUGAAUAUAUAUUGUAAACAGUGCAGGUAUUGAGCUGACUUUUAUGACCUAUUUGUAUAGAAACAGUGUAACAUGUUUAAAGUAGGAUGUCCUUUUAUUCAUCACAGUGUAUGCA